CUUUAACAUAUUAUAAAAGUUCACUCUUACUUCUAUUUUAUGUUUGCCCCUUUAUCUUAUUAUAGCUAUGUCGUACCCGUCAGAAAAGGAGGCUCUUAGACGUAGCCACCGUGCAAGUGCAGCUGCUGAGCUUGCAUGGAAAAACGAAACGUCCACCAUAUCAUGUCCUUCAUUUUCAACUCUUCUCUCUUCGUUCCGUUUACCAGGAAUCAACUAUUUGGAACUAGAUAGCGAUUCGGAAGAUUCUGAAGACGAAUUGAAAGCUCUGGCACUGCCCCUUCCCGACUUGCCAUAUGUGAUCAAUCCAGUCACUCUCAAGGGCUCCAAUAGUUCAGGUGGUUUAGAUAUGACGGCUGCAGAAAAAUUGUCCAAACUCCGUCUUUUGAUGAAGAAUCAUGGGAUUUCUGUCUACAUCGUCCCCUCGGAAGACGAGCACCAGUCAGAGUACACGGCAUUGGCUGAUAGAAGAAGAGAAUUCAUAUCUGGCUUCACUGGAAGUGCAGGGAUUGCCAUUGUGACAUUGGAUGAUGGUGACUCGCUUGUCGGAGAAGCGGCACUCUCCACCGAUGGACGAUACUUUUUGCAAGCAGAGAAAGAAUUGGACUCUCGGUAUUGGCGUCUUUUGAAGCAGGGCAGUGCUGGUUACCCUACUUGGAGACAGUAUGCCAUAGACAAGGCCUUGGCCAGUAAGUUCUCCAAUGUUAUUUCCGUGGACCCUCGUCUUAUCUCCCUUGCAACAGGGGAGUUUUUCGAUCGUGCUAGAACUUUACAAUACCAAAACAAAUAUCAAUUCAUUCCUCUUCUUCAACCGAACUUGGUCGAUGAAGUUUGGGGUCCAAAUAAACCUUCCAGAUCGUUGGAGCCAGUUUAUCAUUUCCCCUUGAAAUAUAGUGGAGAACACACCAAUGACAAGUUAAAGCGCAUUAGGAAGGUCAUGGGGGUCACCAAAGAUAGUAACACUAACUCUCAUUUUGUGGUGACUGCUUUGGAUGACGUUGCUUGGUUGUUCAACUUGCGUAGUGAUGAUGACAUUCCCUUCUCGCCCGUUUUCUUUAGUUACUCCAUUGUGACCUCAAACUCGGUUGUCUUGUAUAUUGACAAGGUGAAGAUCACCAACGAUGAAGUAAAGCAAUACUUGUCGACUGUGGAUGGAUUGAUAGUAAAAGACUACUCGUCAUUCUUUGAUGACCUUUCCCUCUUAAAGGCAAGUAGCGAGGACCUGUCACCUCUUAAGGUUAUACUUCCUCUGAAAUCUACCGCCACAUAUGCACUUGUCUCCCAAAUCCCACAAUCAGUUGCCAAAAGUGAUGCUCGGUUUGAGUCAAUUGUUUCAAACAUGAAGAUCAUUAAAAACUCGACUGAACUUUUCAAUGCCAAAAUUGCCCAAUAUAAGGACUCGCUUGCAUUUAUUCUAUUCUCUUCAUGGCUCGAGAAUCAGCUCAUUGGCAAAAACCGUAAGGAUCUUACGGAAUAUGAAGCCGCCUGUAAGAUAUAUGAUAUUCGUAGUAAAUUCCCCAACUUUAAAGGUUUAUCAUAUGAAACGAUUUCAUCAACCGCUGGAAAUGCAGCUAUUAUCCACUAUGCUCCUACCAAGGAAGAUAACUCUAUUAUCGAUCCAACUACCCCUUACUUGAUUGACUCGGGUGCCCAUUAUCUCGAAGGAACUACAGACAUUACUAGAACUUAUAUGUUUGGCAAAUAUGCAACCAAGAACAAAAACUACAGUAAAUGGUAUACAUUGGUUCUCAAGGGCCACUUGGCCAUUGCAAUGGCCAAGUUCCCACCGGGAUCUACUAGUACAGGAACCAUACUUGAUGCUUACGCCAGACAACCACUUUGGAAUGAAGGUCUUGAUUUUAACCAUGGUACCGGCCAUGGUGUAGGUGCCUUUGGAAAUGUCCAUGAAAGCCCCUUGUAUAUUCUGACUACCGCGGGAGGUGCCAACACCGUUGACCUUUUCCAACCAGGCGGGAUCUUGACCGAUGAGCCGGGGUACUACGUUGACGGAGAAUGUGGGUUCAGAAUUGAAAGUGAACUUGAAAUCAUCAAGUGCGAUGAUAAAUUGGGUAAGACUCGUGGAGGUGAAAACUUUCUCGGAUUUGGAUACUUGACAAAGGUUCCCUUCUGUAGAAAUUUGAUUGAUACCAAAUACUUGUCACAAGUUGAAAUUGGAUGGAUUAAUGAUUUCCAUAAGAGUGUUUCCAAUGAAUUUGGUGACAAGUUGUUGGAAAUGGGAGACAAAAAGGCUUACAGAUGGUUGGUCAAGGAAACAGCUCCUCUUUAAAUAAAUGAUAUGCACAUAAAAUUAUUAUACACUAUUUUACAAUUAAAUU